AUGAAAGCUGUGUGAAAUGGAGCAAUCAAAACAGUCAGAAGAAUAUUACGCUGUACAUAUCCCGUCACCAGAUGACGGGAUAUCUGGUGAAGGUGCCGUAUUCACAACCCUGAGGGAAGCAUCCAGUUUUGCGAACACUCCGGAAAGUAAAGCAAAGGGUGCUCGUUUCAAGCGCUUCCAAAGUCAGGAUGACGCAAAAAAUUAUGCCGAAAAUGGUGAUGUUUUUUGCAAAAGUCCAGAAAUAUCAAUUAGAAGUCAACCUACAGGCGAACCAGGUUCAUCUUUCCCGUCCGUGUCUCGAAUUAUGUUCAAUCGUUUGAAAAAGGCAAUCGAAUUGAAGGACGAUGGAUUAUUCCUGGACAUGGCUUUACAGAAUCCGCGUUAUCUGAUCAACAUCGGAAGUGACACACCAACAAUCGUAGUUGAAGGGUUUCGUUAUAAUGCUAUGCAUCUGGCUGCUAAAGUUGGCAAUUUAUACGUCGCUAAAUACGUUCUGCAUCUUGUCUGCGAUAGUGAAGCAUUGCUUACUUUAUAUGGGACAUCGGAAGAUGAUGUUAGGAUGCGCUCACGUAUACUUCUUGAUUGUUACCUUAAUAUGCCGGACAAAGGUUCACACGAUACACCAUUACAUUUUGCAUCAAAAUUUGGACACUCUCAUUUUGUUGAGCUACUUCUGAGUUACAGCGUGUGCCAGAAAAAUCCCAUUAACAAAAUGGGUUUUACUCCUGCUCAAAUUUGUUGCACAAGAUAUGUUGGCCGUGAUAAGGAAGAUCUCCGUGCUGUAAUGAUGCGACUUUUCCUUUCUUUUUUCGUUGCACUUUAUCGUCCAACGGAUAAUUAUUAUUCAGUAACAAUCCAACUUCUUGAUGAAGUACCGGCUAAUACACUUCCAAACGAUGCAUCUGGAUCUUCCGUAUGCAUGUCGGCCUUGGAAAAAUGCGAACUUGCAGCUUACGCUGGACCAUUCGCUGAUAAAUCUAUGGCACAGAAAUUUUAUGAAACAUGGAAAAUAGAAGAAAAAGACUGUCGUAGAUCGUAUCCUCGAAAAGGUGCUGAACGUGUUGGACGACGUCUUGCUAGUGAAUAUAAAAUAACUUGGAUGGAACGCUGGAAUUUUUGCAAUAAACUGCUUGACUUUCAAUCUUACUCAGGACUAGAGGAGUUAAAUCGCCGUCUUGUGAACAUCAGAUUACAUCCACCGGUUCAUUCAGUUCACGUUAUCACUUUCGACUGCGAUGACGAUCCUGUAUUUUUUUCGGAUGCCUCUGACACCGUUUAUGUAAAGGAUGAAAGAGAUGAAAGCGAUGCACGAGAAACCAAUGAUUCACAUAGCAGAUCACUUAGUGGAUUAACAGACAAGUUGGCAAAUCUUCAUUUGGAUUCGUCAUCAGCUGAUGCACUUUUGGAUUCAGGCGACUCUGCACCUAAAGACGAUGCUCUUUUCCUAGAAGGUUUUGUGGCUUCCGAAUCAUUCUUAACUUCUGAUUCAAGUGUCGGCACUUCAUCUGUUCAACAUGAACAUACUAGCAGUAGUGACGAACGAAGUGAUUCUGUUGAUUUCGAUUAUUAUACACCACCAUCGUCACCGGAGCCAGUUUAUAUUUAUGAGGGGUUUCCAUCGAAGGAUGAUGAGGAACUAACUAUUGCACUCUCCUUGGUCGAUCCGCAAUUGAUUCAGCGUUUUGGUGCGGUUGCUGAAUAUGUGCGGCAUGUACGCAGCGUACCGGAAACAGAACGUUCCCAUUGGCCGUUCACUGAUUCGCCACGUGCCAAAAGACGCAGAAUGUAA